GGGGAUUACGUGACGUGACAAACCAACAUGGCGGACUCUAAAAUAGAAGAUAGCCAAAACAUCGAGGAAUUGCCGGCAUUGAUACCAACCAGCGAACAGUCAUUAAUCAGGAGAACUUUGAAAAAUAUAGUGUCUGGAACAUUCAGCGGCAUUGCUGUGUGCCUGGUAGGCCAUCCCUUCGACACGCUGAAGGUUCGUCUUCAAACCCAGCCUGUUGAUCGGCCCGUUUACAAAGGACUUUUGGAUUGCUUCGUAAAAACUAUGAAAUGGGAAGGGAUUGGAGGACUGUACAAAGGAGUUGGGUCUCCUAUUGUGGGUCAGAUGUUUUUUAGAGCAACUCUCUUCACUUCCUAUUAUCAGAUUACAGCAUUUUUUGCUGGGAAAGAUCAUCUUGGUCAACGACUUACUAUCCCAGAGUACUUUUUGUGUGGUAUGUUUACGGGUUCAGUGGCUGCACUUGUUGAGGGACCCAUUGAUUUGUUUAAAUCAAAGAUGCAAAUCCAGAUCGUAAGAGCAAAAUCAGGGGAGCCAGUCAUGUACAAAAAUGUCUUCCAUGCAGCUUAUGUUAUUGUUAAGAGGCACGGAAUUCGAGGAGCUUACCAAGGACUACCUGCCACGUGGGUUAGGAAUAUCCCGGCAAAUUCAGCUUUCUUUGGCUUCUACGAAUUAUGCCGAACUAUGGCAAUACCAGAGGGGGGUACAAUAUAUGACGUCUCUCCCAUGGCGUUACUAGCUGCAGGGGGAACAGGGGGGUUCCUCUAUUGGUUCCUGACAUAUCCCACGGAUGUCAUAAAGUCGUCGAUGCAGGCGGAUGACUCUGUUGUGGAAAAAAGGCGCUUCAAAAGCAUCAAAGACUGUAUAAGGAAACUGUACUACGAUGAAGGUGGAUGGAAACGAUUCUACAGAGGUUUUACACCGUGCUUAAUGCGUUCCAUUCCUGCAAACGCUACUUUGUUCUUUGUUGUUGAGACAUUGAGGAAGUACCUUCCUCUUUAAAUAGCACUACAUCUGUUACUACCAACUUAAAGCUAGUAUUAAUUUUUUAGAGCUAGUAUAAUUUAUAUAGUAGUUUUUAGUUACGUUUAUUAUAUAUUGUCUGGCAGUAGACGAAAUUUACGCACACAAGUAACGGCUGUACCUUAAAUGUAUUCAAUACUUGCAGUUUUAAGAUAUCAAAAUAUUAUAUUUUCAAAAAUCAGAUAAUUAGAUGCAUCAGGAUAUAAAACGUGAAAAUAUUUAAGUGAGAAUCCUGAAUAAUUCCCAAUCCAGUCUAACGGAGAAAUUGAUAAACGACUGCUGAAGGGAAUGUGAUGUAUUACGCUUUUUGUGUUGUGUAAUAACAAAUAUUUUUAUUUUUAGUUAAAGCUUUAAAAAAGCUAUAAUCCGGAGAGAAUUUAGCCUGGCUGGAAGAUAAACGUACAUUUUUCUAUUUGACUUGCGAUAAUCGAUGGCGUUCACUAACAGCUCAUAGCCAUACGUUUUUAGCCUGCUUAGCAGCCGCUUCCUUUCCUUUUCCAGGCGGAGAGAUCGAACAAGCGAGCGAGCAAGCGGGCGAGCAAGGGAGCGCGCCUGGGGUGAGCAAAAAAUCGGGGAGAAGUGGGGAGGGGCGGGCGAGAAGGGGGAGGGGGUGGGAAGAAAAAGGAAUUCGCUCGCCCCUCUUCCUCCCCCUGCUUCUUCUUUUUCAAAUUCGCUCCCAGUUUCGUUCCGUUCGCCUGCUUUUUUGGAAACGUCUGCUAUGUAGGCUAUACGUUCUUUUCGAGUCGGAAAAUAAAAAAAAAAGAUUGUUUAAAGAGUGUCAAAAGUGACGCUAACUUCAUUUCCCCAGGAAGCAAACAUCUUUUUGGGUAUUCUGAUCGUAUGAAGUCCAAGAUUCAUAGACGGUAACUUGACAGAGCUGUUGACAAACUGGAUGGAAUAGCUGUAUUUGACUACAACACUUGUAACAAUCUAAAGAAAUGCUUACAUAGUUCAACUGCAAAGACUUCUGGAAAGAAGUGUGACCCA